CAGCAUGGUUACUGUGGUUUUUCCCCUUGUCUGUCAACGGUAAAAUUGUUUCUGCUGAUUGCCAAAGUACCAGUCACCAUUUCUUCAUACGAAAGCUUUGUCCAGAGUAUUUUCUUCUUAGACUGUGCUGAUUAGCUCUAGACAGUCUUGAUGGCUGCGUCCCGGUUCAUGGAGAUGAAUUCCAGUGAAGAUGAACAUGAAGACGUGAUUGAGCUGGAAGCUAUUAGGAGACCGUACAGACCAGUUAAACACUCAGGAGCACAGCAUUACCAUGAUCCCAGAUACACCAGUGCCGUGCACAUAAAUAACUGGUCCACUUCAACCCAGAGGGUCCUGUCUUCCAUGCCUAGUCGCUCUAUCAGAUUUCAUCAGUUGAAUGCGUUCUCCCGAUCCACAGGGACACGUAGAAGACAACCUCCUAGCGUUGUGUCCACCACUCACCGCUCUACAGAGCAUGAUAUCUUUAGAGAGCAGGACGAAUUUACCCAAAAGGAAGAGCUGAUAAACAAACUACAAGGUUUGUCUUCUGGUGAAUGUGUGCGUUUGUUGCGUGAAAUGCCCCUUAGUGUCUCGGAGAAACGUCAGAUCAGAGCUUUGGUCUUCUGUUGGGAGGCUGGACAGCCUCUCUGUGCUAACAGAUCCUUGUGCUGCCGUCAGUUUAAAACUUGGUUGUUGAAGGGUUUGUGUGGUUGGCGCUAUGGUAGAGUCUCCUGGCAGAAACCCAUAGAGCUCUGGCAGGGAGAGCUCAAAACCAUCAGAGAUCACUUCGGCAGCGGGGUUCUGUCUUAUUUCAUCUUCCUCAGAAGACUGUUACUUUACAACAUCCUCCUCUUCCUAAUCAAUGGAUUUUUCCUGGUCCUACCACAAAUCCAAUUCCACCAAAAGAAACACACUUCCUCUGAUGACCUCUGGAUGCUUACUGGCACGGGCAUCCUCACAGACUCGGUCAUGUUUUAUGGCCACUAUUCCAAUGAAAACUGCAGAAUGUGUCCAGAAAAUUACGACAUACCACUGGCAUAUAUUUUUACUAUCGGAGCAGGCAUGUUUAUCACAUGUGUAAUGCUGGUUUACAGUAUGUCUAAAUCAAUUGGAAAGAGUUUCCAUGUCUUCAAGACUUCUGGUAACCUAGCUUUAAAAGUUUUCUGCUCUUGGGAUUUUAAAGUCAGCAAGAAACAGUCUGUUAAACUGCAGUUGACGAACAUCUGCACUCAGCUGAAGGAGAUGCUGUCUGAGCUCAGCUGUAGCAAACAGAAGAGGAACUUGUGUUCAACUUGGAGCUGCUUACACUUUCUUAUAUGGUCCAUUUGCAUCUUUUGCAUAGCUGGCUGCAUGCUGACUGUUUACUACUUGCCCCCUUUGUUUGACCAGAUCUCUUCCAAGAAAGCUGUCGGUUUGCUGAUGCUGCCUUUGUUGGUGUCAUGCAUCAGUCACCUCCUGCCUGGUUUCUUCAACAUGUUAUCCGGGGCAGAGCAUUACGAAUCCCCGAGCACUCAGAUCUACGUGUCCAUUGUGAGGAACCUGUUGUUGAAGGGUUGCAUUUUUGGGGUAUUGUGUUACCACUGGCUCGAGCAACUUUGUUGCAGGAGGAAUGGAUUAAAUACACACCAGUGCUGGGAAACACUGGUUGGACAAGAGGUUUACCGUUUGGUUAUAAUGGACCUUCUAUUUGCAAUUUCAUACAUCAUCUUAGUAGAGUUUGUGUGGGGGCUGUGUAUUAGAAACAUGACGUUCAGAAGAAGGAAACUAGAGUUUGAUAUCGCAGAAGAUGUUCUGGAGCUCAUCUACGGCCAAACCCUUGUGUGGUUUGGUGUGCUGUUUUCACCGCUCUUGCCUGCAGUGCAAAUUGGGAAACUGUUUCUACUGUUCUACUUCAAAAAGACGAGUUUGAUGAGGAACUUCCAACUGCCCCAGAAACCCUGGAGGACCACUCAGAUGAGCACACUGUUCAUCAAGCUCCUGUUUUUCCCUUCCUUCACUGGGGCCCUUGCAUGUGUCAUCUACGCAAUGUGGAGGGUCAGGCCCUCAUCAGACUGCGGGCCCUUUAGAAACCUCCACAGCAUGUUUCUGCUGAACCUGGUGGACAACCCUUUGUUCAUGUUCAUCGCCUCGGGCCUGUUCCUCACCGUUAUAUACAUUCACAUACAAGUUUUGGAUGGCCAAAAGAUGAUCAUCGUAAGGUUACAAAAACAAAUAGACAAUGAGGGUGAAGAUAAGAAGUUCCUUAUAGCCAAACUUCAGGCCCUCAAUGAGGCGAGCGCCACGAGUCCUCAUCCGCAGUAAGGGAUGUUUUCCUUGACCUCGUCACCUGCUCAUUUAUUUCACCCCGGAAGGCUGAAUUCUACAGAAAUGAAUUCAGAAGAAUACACUGUGGGAACCCCCUCAAAAAAACCAUACCUGAGGAACCAGUGCGUCAAUGUUUUGGUUUGUCAGUUCUUCAUGCCGUUGUUUAAAGGUUAUAUUUUGUAUGGUUGAGGAAGAGCAACAGGCUAUCAAUAUGCAGUGUUUCUUCUAUCAGGUUAAUUAUGAGAUUCACUUCAGUUUAUCUAUCUGCUAUGUUUUGAACGUGUGAAAUCAAUAAAUGAAUGCAACAUAUCUGAAUGACCAUAUAUUUUUUUGAAUUGCUCUUAUUUUAAAUUGCUAUUAACUCUGUUAAAUACAUAUGUCUGAUUUGUCAAAUGCAGCAUUCCAUGAUGAUAAGCUUUCCACAGUGCAAGUGUUUUGUGAUGAAGAUCGGCUGACUGAACAUUACUCCUUAUUUUAACUGGUGUAUAUCCCUCGGACAAAGACUGCUAAGGUCACUUGAGAUUUUAAUGUAUGGGGUAUUUUGUCUGAACCUGUCAAACUGAGAUCUGCAGAACUGUGGUCACAUGGUCCAGAGCUCAGUUUACCGUGUGAUGUUUUGCAUUCUUUGGGAGGAGUUGCUUAAAUCUGACAUACACCUUAUUAAGGAGCUGUAAGAAACCACUUUGGUUAAUUUGGCUCCCAACAUCAGAUCAUAUCAACUACAACAGUCGUUCAGAGAGAGUUUAUUCAACAAUGCAUCCCCCACAACGUUUUUACAUCCACCUCCCAGAAAAAUAUGAAGAUUUUAAAAAAUGGGGUGAAUGGGACCAUGGGAUUUUCAUCACUGAUUUGAAUCCAUUGGUGAAACAGGGCGAGCUUCACGACUACUUUGAAAAAUUUGGGACAAUUACAGAAUGUGUAUUCACCAUCGACAAGUCAUCAGGAUGGCCAAAGGGUGUGGGCUUUGUGAGAUAUUCAUCUUCAGCACAGGCUAAAGCAGCCGAAAAGGCUGGGCCGCACUGUCUUGGAGGCUUUCCCUUAAAGAUCAACAGAGUUAUUACAGAAAAAUUAAAUGCUCCUCCAUGCCAAGCCUUUCAGACAGACUGUGUGUGAACUAGAAGUGGAGUAUAGGAGCACCGGAAGUGAUUUACACUAAACCUCAUCCUACCACAAUGUGAACUAAACGUUUCUGCAGGAUAAACCAGAGUAUAUUGUUACAUUUUGUACCUAGCAUUCAGUUUGAUUUAAUGUCUGUAUGCCCUACUGUAAAUGAUCACUUUUAUAUGUAUUUCUCAAAUGUUGAAGAAAGUGCUUGGUGCAUAAUAACACUUUUGGAUUAGGAUUAAUAUUUUCCCGUGGAAAACAUCUUUUAUGUUAUACUUGGAUUAGCCUAGUUAAUGUAUAAUUAAACUCUUUAAUCUGCACAUAACGGUCAAUAAUAUUUUUUGUUUCAAUUUGCGAAAAUACCAUGCUAUCUGUUCUCAUACACACUAUGUGAAAAUAGGACCAAGGAGCACUAAAACAUAUGUACACAAUAAAAUAUAUUUCAGUGAGGACAAGAUGCAAUAUUUUAUGUCAAAUAUUUAUCCAUCAAGAACACUUAAAGGGAUACUUGAAGGGAUUACCCCCAUAAAAACCUGUAAAAGCUCUGUUCGUCUGCGGGACGUAUAUGUAUUUGAACACCACAAAUAAUCUCAGACCCUCUGUAAAGGAAGUGAUGUGUCCAUUAUUGGUAAUCUGUUCUUUUAAACUUUGCUGUGAGUUUGAUUAUAGUUAGACUAAUAAACCAUGCUCAUGUUAUUUAGCCCUCUGUGAGAUAUCCAUGAUAUUUUCUCACUGAUGUCAAAUUUCCUUUGCAGCUUCUUGACUUUUAAUUUAGCUGAGGAGCCAGAAGAUGGCGAUGUAACCAAGUUCUGCUUGUGCCCGAACACCCUGGACUUCAGUUUGCAUAUUAGCACAUGCUUCAGUCUUAUUUUGAUAGUGUA